UGUUCCGUCAGUGCUGAUUUGUUGGUAGGACCGGGAUACCGGAAGUGGGCUGUCAUUCUAGCCUGUGUCCUUCAGCUAACGGGAGAGGCGAGUGUGUAGCUUGUGGAAAGAUGUAUUGGGGUAUGCUCAAUGUGUGAAUUUUAAACGCAUCUGUGACAUCUUUUUGCCAACCAACAGCACCAUGUUGCGCGUUGGCAGUAGCGUUGUAUGGUGUUUUAGUGUCCGUUUGGUGAACUUUUACUCAACGGAGCAUGCGUCUCCUUUUGUACAUUCUUCAGCAUGGCAUGCAGGAAUCUGGUACCCACCAGGAAGGGGGUAAGAUGUCGCGUACCACUUCAGAAGCUGCACCCUCUGUACCGUGCCAUCCACCACCGUUAUUAUGGCAACACCAACUCUCAGCGCCCACCUCAUCACACAUCGGCCCGCUAUUUCACCUCCAUGUCACGGUUGCCCAUGCGGCCACCAAAGCCGCAUCCAGGGUCGGGGGUCCGCAGCUACCAGCAGAAGCGCCAUUUCUGGGUGGCCCGACUCGCUACGAGGCUGCUGAAGCUGCGAUACAUUCUGCUCGGCAGCGCGGUUGGAGGAGGAUACACUGCUAAGAAGACCUAUGACGAGUGGAAGGAUAUGCUGCCUGAUUUUAGCGAAUACAACUGGGUCAUUCCUGACUUUGUGUGGGAACUCAGCGAACAAAUAGAUCUUGAUAAAUUGGCCAAAGCUCUACCAGAGAUGGAGGAAGUAGCCAAACUACUGCCUGACUUUGAAAAAAUAGGAGAGAACUUCACUUUCAUUAAAAGCCUCCUGUCCUCUGGUGUGAGUUUGGGUAGUGAAGUCAAAGGAGCUUCUGGUCUGCUUCUGUUGCUAGAAACAUCAGGUGAGGCGCCAUUAAAAGCCACAGACGCUUCUUCGGCAGCCUCACAAAAUGACAGCCAGUACAAAAAGGGUCUGCUCGGCGAGCUCAUUCUUAUACAGCAGCAGAUCCAGCGGCAUGAGGAGGAGGUCCGGCGGGCAGCUGCAGUCAAUUAUGUGCAUCCCCCACCGCCAGAGCCUGCUCCCAGUCCGCCUCCGAACCCCAGUCCCACUCAUCACAUACACAAGUCCUCAGAUAAAGAAAAGCUAGAUCAGCUCCAAGAGGACCUGCUUCGUACCCAGCUUAAGUAUCAGCGCAUGCUGGAGAGACUGGAGAAAGAGAACAAGGAGUUGAGGAAAGUGGUUCUGCAAAAAGACGAUAAAGGCAUUCACCAAAGAAAAGUUAAGAAAUCCCUUAUUGAUCUGUAUUCUGAAGUUUUGGACAUCCUGUCUGACUAUGAUGCCAACUACAACACACAGGACCAUUUGCCCAGGGUGGUUGUAGUGGGUGAUCAGAGUGCUGGGAAGACAAGCGUGCUGGAGAUGAUCGCACAGGCCAGGAUUUUUCCCAGAGGCUCUGGAGAGAUGAUGACACGUUCCCCUGUUAAGGUGACCCUCAGUGAAGGCCCCCACCAUGUAGCUUUGUUCAAGGACAGUGGUCGUGAGUUUGAUCUGACCAAGGAGGAAGAUCUAGCUGCUCUGAGGCAUGAGAUUGAGCUGAGGAUGAGGAAGAGUGUGAAAGAAGGGCAAACUGUCAGCUGUGAGACAAUAUCUUUGAGUGUCAAAGGCCCAGGAAUCCAGAGAAUGGUCCUUGUUGAUUUACCAGGUGUCAUCAGUACGGUGACUACAGGCAUGGCAUCAGACACUAAGGAAACCAUCUUCAGUAUUAGCAAGGCCUACAUGCAGAACCCCAAUGCAAUCAUUCUCUGCAUUCAGGAUGGCAGCGUGGAUGCAGAACGGAGCAUUGUCACUGAUCUGGUUAGUCAAAUGGACCCCCACGGAAAAAGGACCAUCUUUGUGUUGACCAAAGUGGACUUGGCCGAGAAGAACCUGGCCAGUCCGAGCAGAAUCCAACAGAUAGUUGAGGGCAAGCUGUUUCCCAUGAAGGCCCUGGGAUACUUUGCUGUCGUGACAGGAAAAGGAAGCAGCGGUGAGAGCAUUGACUCAAUAAAGGACUAUGAGGAGGACUUCUUCCAGAACUCCAGAUUAUUGCGGGAUGGCAUGUUGAAGGCCCACCAGGUGACCACAAAGAACUUAAGUCUUGCCGUCUCAGACUGCUUCUGGAAAAUGGUCAGAGAGUCUGUUGAGCAGCAAGCUGACGUCUUUAAAGCUUCCCGCUUCAACCUGGAGACAGAGUGGAAAAACAACUACCCUCGUCUGAGAGAGCUGGACCGGAAUGAACUAUAUGAAAAGGCCAAAAAUGAAAUCUUGGAUGAAGUCAUCAGCUUGAGUCAGGUGACCCCACAGCACUGGGAAGCCAUCCUGCAGAAGAAGCUGUGGGAACGUGUUUCCACACAUGUUAUAGAGAACAUCUACCUACCAGCUGCACAAACAAUGGACUCUGGGACCUUUAACACCACCAUAGACAUUAAGCUGAAGCAGUGGACUGACAAGCAGCUUCCACACAAAGCCCUUGAGGUUGCUUGGGAGACGCUGCAGGAGGAAUUUGCUCGCUUCAUGGCCGAGUACAAAGGCAAAGACCAGGAUGACAUUUUUGACAAGCUGAAGGAGGCCGUAAAAGACGAGAGCAUCAAAAGGCACAAGUGGAACGAGAGGGCCAUGGACAGCCUGAGAGUAAUCCAACACAAUGCCUUAGAAGACCGUUCCAUCACAGACAAGCCUCAGUGGGAUGCAGCAAUUCAGUUCAUGGAACAAACCUUGCAGUCACGACUCAAAGACACUGAAGCUGUAAUCAAAGACAUGGUGGGUCCAGACUGGAAGGAGAGGUGGAUGAACUGGAAGAACCGAACACCAGAUCAGCACGUCAGGAAUGAAACAAAAGCUGAGUUGGAGCGCUUGCUGAAGUUGCACGAUGAGCACACAGCUUACCUGGCCAAUGAUGAGGUCACCACAGUCAGGAAGAACCUAGAGGGACGAGCGGUCGAAGUAGACCCAGUGCUUAUCAAAGACACAUGGCAUCAGCUAUAUCGACGACACUUUUUGCAAAAAGCACUGUCCCACUGUAACCUCUGCAAAAGGGGUUUCUACUACUACCAGAGGCACUUUGUUGACUCUGAGUUGGAGUGCAAUGAUGUGGUUCUGUUCUGGAGAAUCCAGAGGAUGCUGGUCAUCACAGCCAACACAUUACGACAGCAGCUCACCAACACUGAAGUCCGCCGACUGGAGAAAAACGUGAAGGAGGUGCUGGAUGACUUUGGAGAGGAUAUGGAGAGGAAAUCUCAGCUCAUCACUGGCCGCCGAGUCCAACUGGCUGAGGAUCUCAAGAAAGUUCGAGAGAUCCAGGAGAAGCUUGAAGCUUUCAUAGAAGCUCUACACAAGGAGAAAUAAAAAACAGGUUGGAGUAGUCAGACAUGUAAAGCCAAAAGUUUAUUUUACAUGGAGAAUGUCUCAUGUCUGUUUGUUCCUCUACUCUGCUUUACAGAACUCCUGAAAUUAAAGGUAAUGUUUCACCCAAAAAAUAGUAAAAUGCACUGAUUAAUAGAUUUUGACAGUCAUGGACUGCUGGACGUUAACACGUCACCCACACCCCUCUCAUCUAAUUUUAAUAUUCACAUCUUCACUCCUUGACCUCCUCUGACGUAGAUGGAAAGAUGGACCUUAAAAUAAGGAAGAUUUGUCAGAAGAUGUUCUCUCGGAAUAUAUUUUUCUUUUUCAUUUUGGGGGGGGGGAGCUGUUCCGGGUCAAGAGUGGAACUUAUGGACAGGACCUCCCACAGUUCAGUCAGGAGGAAGACAACAGACCAUUACAACACAGAACAGAGGACGGCUGCAUAUUUGUGACUCGUUGUCCCUUUUGAGCAUUCACCUUGUUUAGUUGCACUAAAGAUGGAAAGUAUUUGUGAUGCCCCUUCAAACUUUGCGUCAUAUUUGAUCCACAUAAUCGCACCAUUUGGACAGAAUCAAAUGUGGACCUGGACUCAAUAUUAAAGAAUAAUUUCUGCUUGAAUUUAAGGAAGCAUUUAUUAGUUAUGUCUGCAAAGUCCAUACAAUAUACCCACAUGUUCCUUAUUUUGUUUAUAUGUGUGUGUGAAUGUGUGUCGUUACGUUUUCAUGAUCGAUUUCACCAUUCACAGCUGUAUUUCCAAAAGAUUUUACAAAAAUACUCCACUUUAUUUAAAUGUGUGUAAAUACAAUUAGUGAAACAUAAUAAAGAGUAAGCAUGUCUGUAAUUUGGACAAAUAAACUCAGAAUAAUGUAAUAAAACUAAUAGAUGAAUGGGAAAAUUCCUGCAUUUCUUUCUGGCCUACUUUGAGCACAACAUUGGGUACACGUCUAAUAAGUGACAAUACAAAUAUUAUACGAGAAAUAUGCCUUUACAAAGGUAACCCUGUUCAGUUUUGAUUGGUAUUAAUUUAACAUGUUUAAUGUAUUAAAAUAUGUCUAUUGUGGUUGUAGUUUGCAGCGAUGUAGACGUGCACUGAAUCAUACCCGGAUCUGUUUCUAAUAUUUUGCACUUUUGCAACCACAAUAAACAUGUUCCAUUUCCUGCUCAAGAACAGAUCAAGUUUUCGCUCUCAUGUCACCUUCAUUUGGACUACUGUUGACUGUCAUCCAUGUAAACCUUCAUUCUAGUUUGACUGAAAGGGUGUGCUAACGGUCAUUGUUUACCCCAGUGAUUCAUGUACUGUAUGUAUAUGUGUGUAUGGGUACAAAGACAAUAGGGUGUCCUCGCUCAUACAGGUACUGCAAUGUUAAAUUAGCAGCACUGUUAUAACACAUCAUGCAUAUGAGGAGCAAGCGCACUCGUCUAAAACAAAAUCAGCGAGAUGGCUGCUAAAUCUUUUAUGUUGAAGCUAAGUCAUGAUUGCAUGGAGUGACCUAUCAAAUGUUCUUUAUUUAUUACAUUUGUUUAAAAGAAAAAAUUAAAUUCAAUUGAAAAACGAA